GUGAGGCUCAGGUUGGCCUUGAAGGUGAGAUCCUUCUGCCUCAGCCUCCUGAAUCAACUUUGAGUUGCUGAGUGGAGGAGGCACCAUUGCCACCCGUGUAUAUAAAACUUGGUUCUUGUUGAGAUCAGUUAAUUCUAUUUUUUGAACACUUAUGAAUAACCACGCCUCUUCAAAACCAUCUACCAUGAAGCUAAAACAAACCAUCAACCCUAUACUUUUAUAUUUCAUACAUUUUGUAAUAUCAGUCUAUACUAUUUUAACGUACAUUCCAUUUUACUUUUUGUGUGAGUCAAGACAAGAAAAAUCAAACCAAAUUAAAGCAAAGUCUGUCAGUUCAGAACCGGAUUCUGCAUACAGAUCUAUCGACAGCUUGGACAGUUUGGCUUCAGUUUUGUACCCUGGCUGUAAUACACUUGAUAAAGUCUUUCUGUAUGCAAAAAAUAAGUUUAAGGACAAAAGGCUAUUGGGAACGCGUGAAAUUUUGAAUGAGGAAGAUGAAAUUCAACCAAAUGGAAAAAUUUUUAAAAAGGUUAUUCUGGGGCACUAUAAUUGGCUUUCCUAUGAAGAUGUCUUCACUCGAGCCCUUGACUUUGGAAAUGGAUUGCAGAUGUUGGGCCAGAAACCGAAGACCAACAUCGCCAUCUUCUGUGAGACCAGGGCUGAGUGGAUGAUUGCUGCACAGGCGUGUUUUAUGUAUAACUUCCAGCUUGUUACACUGUAUGCUACCCUGGGAGGUCCAGCCAUUGUUCAUGGACUAAAUGAGACAGAGGUGACCAACAUCAUUACUAGCAAAGAACUCUUGCAGACAAAGCUGAAGGAUAUAGUCUCUUUGGUCCCGCGUCUGCGCCAUAUCAUUACUGUUGAUGGGAAGCCUCCAACCUGGUCUGAGUUCCCCAAGGGUGUCAUUGUACACACCAUGACUGCAGUGCAGGCUCUUGGAGUGAAGGCCAACAUGGAAAACAAAGCUCACAGCAAGCCGUCACCCUCAGACAUUGCAGUAAUCAUGUAUACAAGUGGGUCCACAGGAAUUCCAAAGGGAGUCAUGAUCUCCCACAGCAACAUCAUUGCUUCUAUAACUGGGAUGGCGAGAAGGAUUCCAAGUCUGGGAGAGGAAGAUGUAUACAUUGGCUAUUUGCCCCUGGCCCAUGUUCUAGAAUUGAGUGCUGAGCUUGUGUGUCUUUCUCAUGGAUGUCGAAUCGGCUACUCUUCACCACAGACUUUAGCAGAUCAGUCUUCAAAAAUAAAAAAAGGAAGCAAAGGAGACACAUCCGUGUUGAAGCCAACCCUGAUGGCAGCUGUUCCGGAAAUCAUGGAUCGGAUCUACAAAAAUGUCAUGAAUAAAGUGAAUGAAAUGAGUAGUUUGCAACGAAACUUAUUUAUUUUGGCCUAUAAUUAUAAGAUGGAACAAAUUGCCAAAGGGUGCAGUACUCCGCUGUGUGACCGCUUUGUUUUCCGGAAUGUUCGAAGGCUACUGGGUGGAAAUAUUCGCCUUUUAUUGUGUGGUGGUGCUCCACUUUCUGCAACGACACAACGAUUCAUGAAUAUCUGUUUCUGCUGUCCUGUUGGUCAGGGGUAUGGACUCACGGAAUCAACAGGGGCUGGAACGAUUACAGAAGUGUGGGACUACAAUACCGGCAGAGUGGGAGCACCAUUAGUUUGCUGUGAAAUCAAAUUAAAGAACUGGGAGGAAGGUGGCUAUUUUAAUACUGAUAAACCAUAUCCCAGAGGCGAAAUUCUUAUUGGUGGCCAAAAUGUGACAAUGGGGUACUACAAAAAUGAAGCAAAAACACAGACUGAUUUCUUUGAAGAUGAAAAUGGGCAGCGGUGGCUCUGCACUGGAGAUAUUGGAGAGUUUGACCCUGAUGGUUGUCUGAAGAUUAUUGAUCGUAAAAAGGACCUUGUGAAACUACAGGCAGGAGAGUAUGUUUCUCUUGGGAAAGUAGAGGCAGCUUUGAAGAACCUCCCACUGAUAGAUAACAUUUGUGCAUAUGCAAACAGUUACCACUCUUAUGUAAUUGGAUUUGUUGUGCCAAAUCAAAAGGAACUCACGGAGCUAGCUAGAACGAAAGGAUUUAAAGGGACUUGGGAAGAGCUGUGUAACAGCAGUGAAAUGGAAAAUGAAGUUCUUAAAGUGCUUUCUGAAGCUGCUACUUCAGCAAGUCUGGAAAAGUUUGAAAUUCCAGUAAAAAUUCGUUUGAGCCCUGACCCAUGGACUCCUGAAACUGGUCUGGUGACGGAUGCCUUCAAGUUGAAACGCAAAGAACUUAAGACACAUUACCAAGCAGACAUUGAGCGGAUGUAUGGGAGAAAAUAGGUAGUUUUGGCACGAGUUUGCUAAAGCGAGCUCAGAUCAAAUAGGAAAAUACUUGAACUGUGUGUCUCAGGCCGAGGCAACUCCACUCCUCAUAUUAAACCCCAGCUGUUAUUUCUCACCACAUCACCAUUUUUAACUGACAGGAUUAGUAAACUAUUAAGACAGCAAACUUGUGUCUGUCUGUUUCUUCCCUCCUCCAGUUUGCUUUGGCAUCUAUGACUGUGUCAAUAGGAGAAUUUUUCUGAAUCUUACUGGGGAAGCAGUGAUUUUAAAACCUCAAGUUUUUAAACAUGAUUUAUAUGUUCUGUAUAAUUGUUCAGUUUGUAACUUUUUAAAGUUUGGAUGUAUAGAAGGAUAAAUAGGAAAUAUAAAAAUUGGUUAUUUGGGGGGCUUUUUUACGUAUUGUAUUUAAAAAUAAAAGGGUAUCAUUGUGAAAUUAUGUAAAUUUUAAAUGCUUAUGAAUCAAGUCACUGUUGAACAAAAGAUUUGUUGCUGUGUAAUUAUUGUCUUGUAUGCAUUUGAGAGAAAUAAAUAUACUCAGACUUA